GCACUGCAUCAACAAAAGUAUUUCUAUCUGUUCACUAAUGCGAGUUGAAGGCAACGAGGACAGACAUCAACAUUUUGAGGAUAAUGAAGGUUUCGGUAUUCAGCUUAAAGAUGUCUUCCCUGUGGACAAUGUUUGUCUGUGUUUCCCACUUGGCAACAUUAGUGAUUACGUUGGACGCUAAGGAAUUCGUGGUUCGAGACACCCAUUAUGGCCAGAUCAGAGGCACUGUUAAAACUGUUCUGGGCUCCAAGAAGAUUGAACAAUACUUCAGCGUUCCUUAUGCAGCACCUCCUGUUGGAGAACUCCGAUUUGAGGAUCCCGAGGAACCAACUACUUGGAAAGGUAUACUAAACACGACAGUGUUUCCACCUGCUUGUCCACAGAUAUCCUCAAUGUGGAGUUAUGUGAAAUCCCAUCGCCCAGGAUUCAACAACAGCGACGAAGACUGUUUAUACAUCAAUAUGUAUGUUCCCCAGAAUGGAGAAAGCGAAAGCAAGUUGGAGGUCCUUGUUCACAUCCACGGAGGCAGCAAUCAUGUUGGCAUGGGAGCCAUGUUAGAUAUGGACUUGUUGGCAGCUCAAGGGGAAAUCAUCGUUAUCAAUUUCAACUACAGACUAGGUGCUCUCGGUUUUCUGAGCGGUAGACGACCGGAGUUUCCAGGAAACUAUGGCCUGCUGGACCAAACUGCAGCUCUACAAUGGGUUUCUCGAAACAUUCAUUUCUUUGGAGGAGACCCAAACAAAGUUACAAUCGAAGGACACAGUGCAGGGGCGGCAGAUGUCGGCUACCAUAUUGUGUCGCCACUGUCAAAAGGAUUAUUCCGCUUCGCCAUCAUCCAAAGUGGGUCACCAACAGCCCACUGGGCAUCAUCAUUUCAGCAUCAACCUGAAAACGUCCUUACCAAGUACCGCGAGGAUCUCGGUUGUGACACUUCCACUGACCUGCGGGAACUUAAGCAGUGCCUAAAGACAAAGGGAUGGAGAGAUAUAAAUAAUGUACAUUACAAGUUUGAUUGUGUUCCUCGAGCCUUUUGUUUGUCUCCAGUAAUUGACGGGUUCUUUGUACGAAAGCACGUGGACAUUCUGUUUAAAGAGGCUGAACUAAAUGGGAAAGCCUUUAUGGUUGGAAUAACAAGGGAUGAGGGAAGAGAAUGGGGGUUAACUGUUCCUUAUUUCCUGACCCCAACGAUUUUGGAAAAAUACGCUCGCAGUGACAUCGAAUUGGUGACAAGCGGUAUCAUUGUGCACGAGUACUACCCUUGGAAUGACCCUCUGAACAGGACGGCUCACAUUAUUGCAUUCGGUGAUAUUUGGGGGGAUAAUGACGUCGCCGCCCCUACCUUCGAUGUAGCUACACGUCUCGCUGCCAGAACGGACAACGUCUACUUUUAUUCAUUUGACUAUGCAUCACCAACUGCCACGGUGCCGGGCGUUCCACAUGGACGAGACCUGUUCUACCUGUUUGGUUGUCCUUUCUCUGGGCAUCCCCUGUACAACUAUACCGAGGAAGAUCGACAGAUCAGCAAAGUCUUCAUGAACAUGUGGAUCAACUUUGUCAAGACAGGGAAGCCGUCAUCAACUGUCAAAACCGAUCCAGUAUUCUUUCAACAGUUUGAUAGCGAGAUUCAAGCAUAUAUGAAAAUCGAUGUCGUUGAUGGCAACGGAACAAUUGAGACAGCAUAUAAGCCUCGGCCUCGUCAGAUAGCGUUCUGGAAUAGUGUGUUGCCACAGAUUGCUGCUCUGCAAUCGCAAUCGAUACAAAGUGAAAAAUACGGUACAGUAACCUGGAGUUUGGCCUCAGUAAGUGGCAUAUUGUUCCUGUGUGUCAUUGUAAGUGUGGUGUUCCUAGUGCGAAAACAGCAUCUUGCUUCUCAAGUUAAUUAGAAACCAUUAGUGUAAUAAUUUAUUGGCGGAUAUCCUUUGCAUGCUUCAAUCAGAUAUGAAAUCGGUACUUGAUCAAUACAGUACUAAACAUGCGCUGGUAGUUAAUUCGUCACUGAUUAAUACUAUCGCUAUUCUCGUAGGUUUCGCCAUUGUAUUUUCUCACAGCAGAUUUCCACACAGUGACAGACCCGUGAAGAUCCGGGGUCUUCAGCAACCCAUACUUGCCGUAAAAGGCAACUAUGCUUGUCGUUAGAGGCGACUAACGGGAUCGGGUGAUGAAGGCUCGCUGACUUGGUUGAAGCAUGU